CGACGUUCCUCCUUGCAGGACCUGACGGGCUCGUAUAAAGGCACCCUGGGGCCUCUGCCAGCUCAGAGGAUCCGGGACCAUUGCCACACACGCAGUCCAUCCGGACCGAGACCAUGCUCAAGUUCACGGUGCUGCUGCCCCUCCUGGCCGCGGCCUGCUGCGUGGCCAUGCCCGCCGGUGACGAGCCCGCGGCCCCCGCCAUCCCUGUGGCGGCCGCCCUGGCUCCCGCGGACCAGGCUGCUGACGUCGUUUCCGCUGAGUCGGCCGUCCGCGAGGGCACCGUCGUCGACCCUGCACUACAAAACGAGGCCGGUGGACGCCCGCUGGUCGUCUCCGCCGAGGGUGACGCCGAGGGAGAGCUCCUGGGAGGGGCCGAAAGCCGCUACGGCCGCCACCGCUGGGGCGGAUAUGGAGGAGGUUACGGAGGCUGGGGAGGCUACGGAGGAGGCUACGGCAGAGGCUACGGAGGCUGGGGCGGCUACGGAGGCUGGGGCGGCUACGGCGGCGGAUACGGCCGGGGCUAUGGCGGCUGGGGCGGCUACGGCUGGGGCGGCUACGGUGGCUACCGCCGUGGUGGAUGGUGGUAGACGCAACGUAUCCGCACCUUUCCAACAACUUGAGUUACCCCUGUUCAACAAUGCACCAGCGCCCUCCGCGGGCCCUUCUUCACCUCAACCCGGGAUCGACCACGAUCAAGACUGCUUCUUUGUGCCGCUUGAGUCGGCGCGCCCGUGCCAACGAUUGCAUGUGAGUGACAACCCUUGGCACGCAUAGGCGUCGAAUUGACCGCUGCAAUGCUAAUCAUAUUACUACUACUGUGUAGUGCUUUAAUAAAGAUAAGUAAAUUCCACCAAAA